CCACCGCCAAUAUACAGGUCGACCCUAGUGGCCAAGUACAAUGGCCGCAACAACAACCAUUCUCCCAGCCCCAACCAUUCUCCCAGCAACCACAACAAGCGUUUCCCCAACCCCAACAAACAUCCCCCCUUCAACCACAAUAAGUAUUUCCCCAACCACAACAACCACAACAACAAUUUCCCCAGCCCCGGCAACCACAACAACCAUUUCCCCAGCCCCAACAACCCCAACUACCAUUUCCCCAACAACCCCAACAACCAUUCCCCCAGCCUCAUCAACCCCAACAACCAUUUCCCCAGUCACAACAAACCACAACAACCUUUUCCCCAGCCCCAACAACAAUUCCCGCAGCCCCAACAAAAGCAACAAUCAUUUCCCCAGCAACAACAACCGUUGAUUCAGCCAUAUCUACAACAACAGAUGAACCCCUGCAAGAAUUACCUCUUGCAGCAAUGCAACCCCGUGUCAUUAGUGUCGUCCCUCGUGUCAAUGAUCUUGCCACGAAGUGACUGCCAGGUGAUGCAGCAACAAUGUUGCCAACAACUAGCACAGAUUCCUCGGCAGCUCCAGUGCACAGCCAUCCAUAGCGUGGUGCAUGCCAUCAUCAUGGAGCAAGAACAACAAGGCAUACAGAUCCUGCGACCACUGUUUCAGCUCGUCCAGGGACAGGGCAUCAUCCAACCUCAACAACCAGCUCAAUAUGAGGUGAUCAGGUCAUUGGUAUUGAGAACCCUUCCAAACAUGUGCAACAUGUAUGUCCGACCUGACUGCUCCACCAUCAACGCACCAUUUGCCAGCAUAGUUGCCGGCAUUGGUGGCCAAUGAAAAAUGCUAAUAGGUAGAUGGAUCAUCGUUGCUUAGCUGAUGCACCAAUGGUUGUAACGAUGACAAAUAAAAUGGCAUGCACCAUCAUGUGUGACCCCGACCGGUGCUAGUUCAAGCUUGGGAAUAAAAGAUAAACAAAGUUCUUGUUUGCUA